UCUCGGCGGUAGGCAGUGUAUGAUAUUCUCAUCUGCAGCAUACGAACGUUUUAUUGUGUAUGAAUGCCGUGAGUGAGCAGCUGUCAAUCGUCGAAUUGCUCCCCUCCCUCUCGCCUUCAACCCCUUCAUUGUGUAAACUGAUCGGCUGCCAUUGCACUGUGCACGAAUACCACUGUCAUCGUUGUGUUACACAACACCUUAGAGUGAAAGCUCGCGAUGAUACGCUAAAAGCGUUUGCUAAAGGCUCUCACUUUCGCCCUAGCGAAAUUGAGGUGGCUGUAGCCUGGGAUUCCGUUUGUCAUUUGACUGGCAAGGCGUACGAUUGGGUCCUGUAGAGUGAAUGGCUAGUACGCAUUGUUUGUUUACCAAGCACGCGCCACAGCUGCACUUUUAUAUCGCUCUCGAGGCUGGAGAGAUCUCUACUGCACUGACCUGGUCGGAACACUCAACCACCCACACAUACUUCAACACCCUCUGUGAAAUUGGUCGACCUGAGUAGCCAAUUUGUCGGCGUGACUGAGCAUCCGCUUCUACUUAUUUGCACUCAGUGCUUCCACCUACCGUACAAUCCACCACUGUCUUUCAAUACCACCCUCCACGCACUCCCACGACAAUUUCCUCACCACCCACCACCUCUCUGCCUUGCACCGACCAAUACAGCAUGGCAUACACUCGCAUCGGGCUACGUGCCUUCGACUAUGAGCGAUACAUCAAAGCCCCAAUCCCCGUUCCCCGUCCAAUCAUCCCUGCCCACCCGGUAUUCGUCAACUCCCUUCGUUCGAUCCGACAUGGGCUUCGCACAUCAUUCAAUUCUCAAAAGCGCACACCUUCCGCAUUCUCCAUUGCAGAUCCUAUUCUAGCCGUGGCGCUUCGAAGGUUCGAUAUCUUGAAAGGUGUUCUUGCAGAGGAGAAACCUUGCUCCGAGAAACACCUUCGCAUUGCCCAAUUGGUCGCGCAACAUGUUCUCAAAGAUAGCCGGCCUGCGAUGAUUCCGGAAGUGGAGUCGGACAGCGCGGAAAAUAGCAUUCAAAACGCAUCGGAUGAACGCAUCGUGUGGGGCCUCGAUAGCGAUUCUGAUGACUCCUCCACACCGCCAUCAAGUCAUGAUGACACUGAGGUCAAAGAGGAUCCCGAAUCACUGACUUGGGUAGAAAAUUCGAGCCCUUCGCGUAUUUUUUACCCGCCAGUGGAUGAUCCGGAUAUCAGACCAACUAGGAACCAAGUCAACGGAGUGAACCCCUUGGCCAACAUGAAUCCGCGUAGAAUCAUGGAAAUGCUUCAUCGACACCUUCCUUCCCUCCGGAAAUUCGAAGUCCACCCAGAUCUCUUUGAGUUCGGUAGUUCCAGCAGCGGCACCUUCAACGUCGUUCAAUUCGUCAGCGUUCUUGGUGGCCCGGAUAUGGGCACAUACGUCGUGAAGGUACCUCGGUCGGCACGGAGGCAAGACUGGUCAGAAGAGGAUGGCCUCAUGCUCCAAUCUGAAGCAGAAACUAUCCAUAUUAUCUUCAACAAGACCAAGUGUCCCGUUGCAGAAGUGAUGGGCUACAAUCGCACGAACAAUAAUGUGCUUGGGCUCCCUUACAUUCUUCAGCGAGCUGCCAAGGGUGUACCGGCGCAUCAAUUGUGGUUCGUUACCGACAAUAAAGGGGGCUACUUCUCCAAGUCUCAGUUGCGGAAGCAGGACGCGAUGGCAUUGGAGAUCAAACGCCAGAAGUUCCUCAAGUCGCUUGCUCGCGCAAUGAGCGAGCUUAAGGUGAUCUACUUUCCUCGAACCGGAGUCGUCAUCAUAAUGACCACCGAUGAUGGGGAGUCGUUUGACACCCAGUCUUGCAACGUCUAUAUCUGGUUCAACACUGCCAACAAACUGCGAUUCAUGCAAGCCUACCCCACGGUGCGAGACUCACGCGAUUACUGGACGCAGGAAGCUGGGGAGGUAUAUCCACUGAAAACUCCCGCUGAUGUGGGCAAGAGGGCUAUUUUCGACAUAAUUCUUGACUCGCCUACCUUCAAGAACGCAUGCCGAGUCCCCCAAAACUCCGGGGUAGAGAGCUACGUGCUUAGGCAUGAAGAUCUGGAUCUCCAGAACAUCCUCUGUGAUCCCGAGACAGGAGAGGUCACCUGCAUCAUUGACUGGGACGGAUGCCGAAUGGUCCCUCGGAACAUUGGAUAUGCCUCUUUGCCACUGUUUCUGAUCAAGGAUUGGUUCCCCAACCACAAGAUCGACCCCCUCAUGUCGAUGACAGAAAUCCAGGAGUAUCGAGCUUUUUACGCCAAAGAGAUGGCCGAAGCGAUCGGAGAUUACAACAACGACGCUCGAUUCACGUUGAAAUCGGCCAUGUUUCAGGCCUUCAACUCCUCUUUGUAUGGGACUGGUUUGGGCAUGGCCAAUAGUAACAACAUCAUCGAGAAGAUCUUUGGUGAAUCUGAGGUCCUGAGGAGGGUUGACCUUGAUGGUCUCUACGAUGCUCUUGGCUACGAAGUCAUCGAAAACAGUAAUCUGGAUGGUCCCUACGCGACCGAAGUGCGACGGGAAAUCGAGAAGAUCAUGGCCUGCUAAGAAAAAUGAGCGGGAAAGGUUACCAGUGGAUGGUUUGGAAGAGGAGGCGAAGAUUAUCGGCGUUCUUUCUUUGGUUCUAUAUUGUAUUCUGGGCACCCGGUGUUCGAAAUUGUUUCACUCUAUGAUACCCCGGGACAUAUUCUUCUUGC